AUGUGGCUUCUCAACACAACCACGUACCAGCUGCACUUUGUGCAAGAUCCCUCGCAAGUGGCAUACGCUAUCCUGUCGCACAUCGUCCGGAACCGCCUGAGCGUCAAAAUCCGGCGCUGCUGCGACUACGCGCGCUCGAAGGGCAUUCCAUACGCAUGGAUAGACACAUGCUGCAUCGACAAGACGAGCAGCGCGGAGCUCUCGGAGGCGAUCAACUCCAUGUACGACUGGUACUCUCACGUCGAGGUCUGCUACGUCUUCCUCGCCGACGUCUCCGACUCUGAGAGCCCGCACGCGCCCGACCCGCGCUUUCGCUGGAGUAUGUGGUACACGCGCGGGUGGACGUUGCAGGAGCUCAUCGUGCCCUGGGGCAGCGUGUUCCUGUCGAAGGAAUGGCGGAUGCUCGGCACCAAGGCUAGCCUCGCAGGGGCCAUCGAGGCCAUCACAGGCAUCGAGCGGGAUGUUCUACUGCAUGUCCGUCCGCUCCAUACCGUCAGCGUCGCGCGACGGAUGUCGUGGGCGUCGCGACGACGGACGACGCGGAUCGAGGAUGAGGCGUAUUGUCUUAUGGGCAUCUUCGGUGUCUGCCUGCCUGUGAUCUACGGCGAAGGCACCCAGGCAUUCAUCAGACUCCAGGAAGAGAUCAUGCGUCGGAUCCCCGACCAGUCGCUCUUUAGCUGGGGGCUCAUGCUCCCACUCGACACCAACACGCCGGACAAACCUUUGCCCGCCCUCCGGCGUGUACCUGUAGAUGAGCUCCGCGCUUCGAAAGCUGCAUAUCUCCUUGCCUCGUGCCCUGGGGAUUUCCAACACUCUGCAAGGUUCUCACCCAUCCCUCUCGACGCCCUCUUCGCAAAAUUGGGGCUGAUGAACUCUGAACCUGGAAGGCUGUAA